AUGAUCUCCCUACCACCAUCUAUCAAUCGAUUGAUCCUCCUCUUCAUACUUGGUACCUCGCUCAUAACGUACGUCAACGCAGCAGCAGCAGCCCCCGCCGAUAAAUUACAACCCCGAGCACCUCAGCCAUCGCGUCGUAUGGGUGCUCAAAAACGAGCCAAAAAAGUCGAACCAUUAAAGAAGAAAGAUUAUUCAAGUUUCCUCUGUCCUGGUGGAUCUGUCGCUUGUCCCAUACCGACCUCAGACGAGAUCACACCGGAGAGUGUAAACAAGUUGGAAACUAGUUUGAACAGUCUGGCAGAUUGGUUCAAAGUUGGUUUUGAAUGUGUAGAAUUGGAUAGCGAAUUGAAUUCGUGUGGGGGUUGUUUGGCUCUUGGUGCUGGUCAAGAUUGCUCACUUAUCGCCAACGCUCGAGCAACAGGUUGUGAAUCCGGUACAUGCCAAGUAUACUCAUGUUUCGAUGGAUACGUCGUUUCUCCCGAUCGUCAAACUUGCGUUAAGAAAGGAACGACCACUCCUGCUACACCCGUAACUGCUAUAGGACUAGAGUCGGAAGAUGGAGGAGAACAGAUUGUCUUGGGUUAG